GAAAAAUGUAAACAAAAACAUAAAAUUCAUCAUUAAAAAAAAUUUAUAUCGAAAAAAUAUUUAUUUGUUUAAUUUAAUGUAACAUCAAAUGGCUGGCGAAAAAAAUAUUCUUAGUUUACGAUUUAAUCAAGAUCAAGGAUGUUUCACAUGUUGUAUGGAAUCUGGUCUUAGAGUAUACAAUGUAGAACCAUUAGUGGAAAAAGCUCAUUUGGAAAAUGAUAUAAUGGGAAGUAUAGCUAUUGCAGAAAUGCUUUGGAGAACAAACAUCAUUGCUAUAGUAGGUGGUGGUACAAGACCAAAGUUUGCAGAAAAUACAGUACUUAUUUAUGAUGAUUUAUCUAAAAAAUUUAUAAUGGAAGUUACAUUUACCAGUCCUAUUAAAGCUAUACGAUUACGUAGAGAUAAAAUGAUAGUAGCACUUCAACGAGAAAUACAUGUUUUCUCAUUUCCUAUGCCUACACGAAGAUUAUUGACUUUAGAAACCAGAGAUAAUCCAAUGGGAUUAAUUGAAGUUGCUACAUUAGCUACUGCACAAAAACAACUUCUUGCUUUCCCUGGCCAUAAACAGGGUAGUGUACAAUUAAUUGAUCUUGGUGCUACAGAAGCAGGAAGUUCUAGUGCUCCUGCAACUCUUGCAGCACAUCAAGGUGCAUUAGCUUGUCUUGCAGUUAAUAGUAGUGGAACAAUGAUAGCAACUGCUUCCACUCAAGGUACAUUAGUUAGAGUAUGGGAUAGUAUACGUAGACACUUGUUAGUGGAAUUGAGAAGAGGUGCUGAUCCUGCAACACUUUAUUGCAUUACAUUUAGUAGAGAUUCGGAAUUCUUAUGUGCUUCUAGUGAUAAAGGAACAGUACACAUAUUUGCAUUAAAAGACACACAAUUAAAUCGCAGAUCGACUUUUUCAAAAAUGGGAUUUUUGGGAAAUUACGUUGAAAGUCAAUGGGCAUUGGCUACAUUCACAGUACCACCAGAAUGUGCUUGCGUAUGUGCAUUUGGUACAAGAAGUUCUGUCAUAGCAAUUUGUAUGGAUGGAACAUUUCAUAAAUAUGUUUUUACUGCCGAUGGAAAUUGUAACCGUGAAGCAUUUGAUGUCUUCCUAGAUGUUUGUGAUCAUGAUGACUUUUAACAUGAACUGUAUAUUACAUUUAGAACAUAUUUUAGAAUAUCUGUAAGAAAGUUUCCAGUCAUUUUAAAUAAGAAACUUCUUGCAGCAAUAUCUGUAUUGUAAAUAAUUAGGAAAAUAAUUAUAAGAAGAGUACAAGUCACUACAUUUAUUGAUUUCUCAAUAUAACAUACUGAAUGUUCUUCAGUCUAUUUUAUAUACAUUAACAUUUUAGUAACAUAUGUUUAAUAUAUAAUAAAAAUUAAUUUUAUAUCUUUAACUUGUUUUUUUUUAAAAUUAUAGUAAAAAUUGUAGUUCUGCAAAUAUAUAUAUUC